GACGGGAGAGUGGGUGUGAGGAGCUGGGGGCAGUGGGUCCUCCUGAGACAGAGAUUAACAGGAGGGGAUUCUCUCCCCCUCCCCAACACCCUCCCCCCCACUUCACCUCCCAGUGAAUGGAAAUAGCCUGAAGCUUACUGAAAGUAACUAGGAUUUGACAUUUCUUGGUCAACACAAAGUGAUUUUGUUGAAAAGAAACCCCAUACAGUCCACUUAAUGCCAACUCUGUUUAUUAUUCUGACUUCUUCAUACCCCAUUAGUCCCUGGUAAUGGGUUACAGCAGAAUUUCAGCGAUGGAGUGAUUGGAUAUUGCACACCAUGGCGUCUUGUGAUGGGGAAGCUAUUUCCGAUAUUCUCAGAUUGAAUGUGGGAGGUUGUUUGUACACAGCCAGACGAAAUUCCCUCUGUCGUUUUAAAGACUCAAUGCUUAGUGCAAUGUUUAGUGGACGAUUUCCUUUGAAACUAGAUGAAUCAGGAGCUUGUCUGAUUGAACGGGAUGGCAAACUUUUCAAGUAUCUCUUGGAUUACCUGCACGGUGAACUCUGCAUCCCUGAGGAAAUGAGAACACGUGUAGCAUUACAAGAAGAGGCAGAUUACUUUGGCAUUCCCUAUCCUUACAGUUUGACUGACUACUUGUCGAGUGAGAUGGAGAGGCAUUGCUCGAGAUCUAAUUCUGAAAUUAAAAAGACAUUGACAGACAUCUGUGCCUCCUAUGGUUUAAUCUGCACAAGACCUAUGGUGUGGAUCCUGCACUAUCUCAACACUUGUGGUGCUAGUUGUGAGAGCAAGAUCCUAGGAGUGUUUACAUCAAAGGCAGAAGGGAUUGGAGCCAUUGAAAAACAGCUGGGAGGCAGGAUGAAAAGUAGAAGUAUUUACAAAAGGGAAGCUGGAAAUAAUCUACAAUACAUAUGGAGCUAUUACUCAGCUGGUGAGCUGAAGAAAAUGAUGGAUGCCUUUGACUCCUGGGAGGGAAGAGGUGUGAGUUAUUGGCGAGUGCCUCAGGAGUUGAUAGAAUGUUGGACUCUUGAAGGUCGACCUCUACAAGGCACACAAGAAGCAGUGACACCAAUUCAGAAGCGACUCAUUGAUCUCAAUGAAGCAGAAACUGAAACUCCUAAAAAGAAUUUGAAACCUGUAGAGUUCUCUGGCCCAUCCACAAGCACCCGCAUUAAAGUGAAGAAUUCUGGUUUGGUCAAACUGUCAGUACCAGGUGAUACUACAAAGACAUUGCCAAACGCUUCGGUUCAUCUCAAAUCUCCAGCAGUAAAGAGACUAAACACUGGGGAGCUUGUAAACCACAGGACAUUAGCUUCCAGUGACACAGGCUCUACUUCAGGAUCUGCUAUCCAAAUGUCUCCAGCCGUUGGAUCCCAGAAUGCUGCAGCUGUUAAAUUGCCAGAAAAGAAGGUAAUAGUGAAUCGAGUGAUCAAACUGAAAAGGAAUCCACCUCCUGCAGCACUUGUAAUGCCAGUAGAUCCUACCAAGCGUGAAAGAGACGUACAUACAAUUACUUCAGAUGUACAACCAAGUACUUCAGCAAACGCCUUCACUUCCAGGACUGUGAAUUUAAUGGCAGAUUCUCCAGAGAACACAUAUGGAAAUAGUGAAAAGGAGGAUGACAAUGGUUAAACAGCCAGAGUUUUGGAGAGAAGAAAAUGAGACUAUUGAAGUGGUGUGGUAGUACUGAACAUUUGAAUUGUUGAUGCAAGAAUAUUAACCUUAGAUCAGGAUUUCAAUAGAGUUGCUUAGGUAAAAAUAUGAAACUUAUUCUUUCACAGGUAGCUCAAUGGGAUUUUUCAUUGACCGAGGAGGUCCCAGUUUUGAUCUCUACCUGUAUUUGGUUGACCUUCUGUUUGGGUAGUGGUAUCUGUGCUACAUUUGAAAAUGAUGUCUUUGGACUACGGAAAGGGGGUGGCACGGUGGUUCAGUGGUUAGCACUGCCAUCUCACAGCGCAAGGCAUCUGGAUUCAAUUCCAGCCUCGGGCAACUGUCUGUGUGGAGUUUGCACAUUCUUCCCGUGUCUGCGUGGGUUUCCUCUGGGUGCUCUGGUUUCCUCCCACUGUCCAAAGAUGUGCAGGGAUUGGCCAUGUUAAAUUGCCCAUAGUGUUUCAUGGAUGUGUAAAUUAUGUGGAUUAGCCAUGGGAAGUGCAGAGUUACAAGAAAAGGGUAGGCGAUGUCUGGGUGGGAUGCUUUUUGGAGAGAGUAUGUGGACUUGUUGAGUCGAAUGGCCUGUUUCCACACUGUAGGGAUUCUGUGGAAAGGAAAGUUGUACCAAGGCUGUCACACCUGGUUAAUUCUGUUGGAACUGUGUGUGUGUAAGCAUGUACACUUGCAUGUAUGUGGAUGUGAACAUGGAUACUCGUACUAGGCUUGGCUAUGAUUCUUUCUUUCUCUCAUCUAUACUCACGUUGCCUGCUCAUAUUCCAUGAGCUAAGAAAUAAUGGUUACUUGAGCAAGGUACCAUACAAUGGCUUUUGUCUGUGGAGUAAGCAAUUUCAGAAGAAUAAGGACAGAAGAGAUGUUUUAUUUUCAAAUAACUGUAAAGUGUAACUUCUCACAUUGAGUUACUUAUGUUGCAGUUGAAUUCAGAUGCAGAUAUGGUCCUUUGAUGUGUACUGGCAAUCACAACUACCAAAAUAUUCCACUUUUAAUUAGUUUGUGGACUGCCUACUUCAAGCUCAUUGAGUAUAUCUUAAACUUGAAAACUACAAAGCAAAGAACAGAAUGACACUAAAUAGGCAGUCUCAUUUUUGAAUAAUUGUAGUUGAAUAUCUAGUUACAGCCUCCUCGUGCAGGUCAGACCAGUCAACAGACCAAUAGCCACCUUACCGUGGAACAUGCAACUGAAUCAGGCAAUAUAUGUGAACUGUCCUGUGAAGAGAAGGGUGCUGUCAGACACCAGCAAUGAAAUUAACUUUACAACACAGUGGAUAUCGUCAGAUUGUAAUAGUACUGUACUGGAAAAUAGAGGACAGGGUUGAUUGACAAAUUCCACUUUCGCAGUUCCUAUCUCACUGUAGUUCCUGGUCUUGUGAAAGCAUCUUGCAUUUUUUAUGAUAUCAUCUUGUGUUUUGUAUGAUGUUUUACAUUAGGCUUUUGUUUGUAUAGGAGAAAAAUGGCCAGUAUUUUGGACAAGUGGCAUUCAGAUCUUGAGGUUAUAAGUUUAAUUAUUUAAUUCAGGAUUCAGUUUUAAUAGCUCUCCCAUUUGAUUUACUUUGCACACUCACAUAUUCCUUUCUAAUCUUGAACAAGCCAUCUAAUAUGGCACAAGAUGGGAAUGAAUUCUUCUCAAGCUAAGGUACUGUGUCCAUUCCUGAUGAGUUCAUGCUCAAAAUGUCGACUGCCCUGCUCCUCAGAUGCUGCCUGACCAGCUGUGCUUUUGCAGCGCCACAGUUUGCGACUCUGAUCUCCAGCAUCUGCAGUGCUCACUUUCUCCUAGUUGUGAAAGACCAAUUCAAGUUUGGGUUUGCCUGCUGUCUUAAAAUAGAUGGUCUGCCUGUUUUCCCAUUUAGCGAGAUAUGUUGGCGAGAUGCAAAUUUUGCAACAGAACCUUCUUAUGAAGAUUUAAAAAAAGGCUAUGAGAUUGAAAUAGAGAAAAACGAAACAAAUUUGGGCAUUUUUCUUCAGAUUGUAGAAAUAAAACUUUUAUUACUUAUUGAUAAGCCGGCAGCAACUUUAUUCAAUUUUUCUUUUUGUAUUUAGUUUGUUAAGUUUUGCUCUGCUGCUUGAGUUGAGUGAAAAUUCAAACGUGACUGUGCAUGUGUGUUGACAGCCUGUAAAGUAAUCCACUCACUGCAGAAUACACUUCUGCCUAUUCGGGUUUUGACCAUAAAUUUGCUUCUAUUUGUAAGUUGAUUUUGUUGAUUGGGUGAAGGGCAUAAAUCUUAAUGUCCUAACAGUGGUCAAUAUUAACUGUCAGUAUUAGACUGGGAAGCAUCUUAUUCUGGAUCAAAAUCCUACUUUUGGAGACCAUAACUGAAACAGAGAAUCUGCACGAUUAAGACUAGUGGUAUGUUAGUGCUUAAACUGACAUUGUCAGUCCUUCCUGUGGCUUCUGCAAAAUCUCAGACGCUGGAUGGCAAAUCACUUUAAAUGUGCAGUGUUGAAGUUCGCGGGUUGCUCUGUGACAAAUCACUUGCCCUAAUUAUAAUGGCAGUGAUUGAGAAAUUAUUCAGUAUUCUUGGGUUUUGUGCUUGAAUCAGACCCAUGUUUAUUUGGAGCAACCUUUACCUUUGACAGAUGUGUAGGUUUUUAAAAUAAGACAUGUCUUGGCUCCAGUUUUUAUAUUUAAAAUUUAUAUGCCCUACAGCUGAAAAGUUAACUGUUUAUUUUAACUUGAAAAUAAAAUAUGAAUUGCUUGUGA